AUGGACAGGAAGCAGGACGAGGAAGCCGAUUCGACAGAUUUAGUGCUGUCGAUGUUGCGGUUGGUUAUGCGCACCCCUUGCUUGUUUCGUGGGACCAAAGGUUGGACCCUCGAGAGCUACAAUGAGAUGAGCAUUAGAAAGAGAAUUUGGAGAGAGGACUCUAAUCCUGGUCCAACGCUAAUGCUUACUCCACUUGAGGAGGAAGGUACAGGUACCGAUACAUGGAAGAGGUACUUCCUUUCUUCCGUCAUGGACUUGUCCAUCAUGGUUGCUCAAGGCAGGAACGCGCUUCUUUUCUCCUUCCAUUUUCCCUCAGCCUACACACUUAGGCACUAA